CGGUUGCUAGGGCGGCGGCGCGGAGCAGACCGGGAUGCCGGAGUACGAGUACCCGUGCGGCGGGGAAUGUCGCUGCGGCUGCCACCCGCUCGAGGUGCCCAGCAGCCAGAGCUGGGAAGAGCGCCAUGUGGCCAGGUGGAUCACGAAGCUGGGCUUCCCGCAGUACCAGGAUUGCUUCACUUCAAACGGAAUCACAGGCAGGAAACUAAUUUUCGUCAACGGCUCCACUCUACCCAGUAUAGGGAUCACAGACUUUGAGCACAUCAAGGUGAUUUCACAAGCGGUGCAGAAGCUGCUGGACAUCACAGAUCCUCACUCAGGGCGCAGCAUUUCCUACCAGCGCAGGGACCCCAUGGGCCUGUUCCUCGAACGCAAGGCCCCGUCGGGGCCCAAUGCCGAUGCUCUCACCCUGGAAGAGUUCAUGAAAGAAAUGGAUGCCAGCCUCUCCCACGCAGCCCCGCAGGGAAGUGUCUGACCAGCUGCCGGGGACCAGGUGGAGUCCCACACCCCGGGGGGAGCGCUAGCUUUGAUGUGACGUAUUGUGCUUCUGUCAACUAGCUCCAUGCUUUUUGUUCAAAGCAGCAACACCAAGUUUGUCAUUAGUUGCAAAUAUCUAUAAAUAUCCAGAAAGGGGGAACCAUGCCAAAUGCUCAUUUCAUAUUCGACCUUUCCACAAAACACGCGCUCGGUCAGCCUCGGCCUACUCUAGAUCUCUCGGUUGUUCACCAUUUUAACUCCCCUUUGCAUUUCCACACUGACCACACGCAAACUGGAGAAACAGCGCCACAUAUUCCGCUUGGGCAGCUCACAACACAGUGGUAGGAACGUUGAAUUCUCCAAUUUUAAGUAAUACUCCCCUCCCUUAUCAACUCUCUCUUUGCUGUGGCCCCCUUUCCCCCCCCCCCCCCCCCCCCCCCUCAUGCACACCCAUUUCUCCCUCUAUCUCGAAUCCACCAGAGCCACCCUGCUCCUUUUCAAACGGCAAUAACCUGCAAUAACCUAAAGCUAAAACCUUAAAGCUGUGCCCACUAGUCUUUGACAUCUCCACCCUGGGGAUAUAGGUUCUGACUGUCCACCCUGUCAAUGCCUCUCAUCAUUUUCAGGUCUCCCUUCAUCUCCAAUGCUCCAGAGAAAACAAUCCAAGCUACUAUGCUGAAAUCCCCUCCAGAUUAAUGCGAAAAAUGUCUUAAUAAUAUCUGAUAUACUCCAGUCUAACCCAGUCACAAAUAGCGGCAAUGCUGUUAUGCUGAUGGGAUUUCUAGGAAAAGAUGAGGGAGUGGGGGGCUGGAAAACGUAAGAUUGAACAGACGAAGGGCAUGUGAGGUGACUUAGACAUGUUGGGAGGGAUUGAACCAGUGGGGGGCAUAGGAUAGAGUCGAGGUAGGUGGAAAUGAAUUAAUUCAGUGGGACAGGAGCAGGCAGAAACAAUGGUUCUGCCAGAGCAGUUCU